AGGAAGAACAGCAGCACUCAAGUCUCAACCCCCUUUUUCCGAUUCUUCUGUAUCACCGACAUACUGGAUUGCUGCUGGGUAUCGAAUCGAAUCCCUUAUUUCUAGUGCAUUUCAAAAGCUUUGAACCCGUUUGAUGAAUUGUCUCAAAGAAAGAACCGAUUGCUGUGGAUAUUCAUCAGUUUUGGAGAGACCCGAUUUGUUGCAGAAAGAAAGAUGGAUGUUAGAUUGGCCAACACUCGGCGCUUGACACUGAAUGAGAAGAAUUUCAUCAAAACAGCUUUGCUUUCUGAAAUAAGAACAGAUGGUCGUAAACCCUUUGAAUUUCGUAAUAUCAUCAUCAACUUUGACAGAGAAGAUGGAUAUGCAGAGGUGCAGCUUGGCCAGACUCGUGUCAUGGGCAUUGUGACAGCUAAAUUUGUUCAGCCUUAUCAAGAUAGGCCUAAUGAAGGAACUCUUUCAAUCUACACAGAAUUUUCGCCAAUGGCUGAUCCCUCAUUUGAGGCAGGCCGUCCCGGAGAAUCUUCUGUUGAGUUGGGACGUAUAAUAGAUCGUGGUCUAAGGGAAAGUAGGGCUGUAGAUACUGAAUCACUUUGUAUUGUUGCUGGCAAGUUAGUAUGGGCCAUCCGCAUUGAUAUCCACAUCCUAGAUAAUGGGGGUAACCUAGUCGAUGCAGCUAAUAUGGCUGCUUUGGCUGCUCUUAUGACCUUUCGGAGACCUGAAUGCUCACUAGGAGGAGAAGAUGAUCAAGAAGUAAUAAUACAUCCACCUGAGGAUUUCACAGCCUUGGGAAGUGAAUUUCACCAAAUCAUAAAAGCAGUAACUAAAAUGAGAGACCCAGUUCCUUUGAUAGUACAUCAUCUUCCUAUAGCAGUUACUUUUGGAUUCUUUGAUGAGAGUGUCGUGGUGAUAGAUCCCACCCACAAUGAGGAGGCUGUUAUGGCUGGAAGAAUGAUUGCUACUGUUAAUGCAAAUGGUGAUAUUUGUGCGAUUCAAAAGGCUGGAGGAGAAGGUGUCAGUCAGAGAGUUAUCAUGCAAUGUUUGCAACUUGCUGCAACAAAAGCUGCAGAUAUAACAAAACAGAUAAAAGCAGCAGUUGAAGCAUACAACAAAGAAAGAGCUCUACAAAUGAUCAAGCGUGAACAUACUUGUGUUGAUACUAAUGUAAAAGAGGGCGAAGACCAAACUCUUGAUAAUAAGGGCAUUAGUGAGUUGGUGGGUAAAUAUAUGGAGAGGUUAAAACUCAUAUCAGGGGAAAGCUAUCCAAGUCAAAAUAUUAAUGGUGAGAUUGAAACCAAAUCAUUGAAAAGAGGGACAGACAUCCAUGGUAUCAAAUUUAGCAGCACUCCCCUGAGUUGGGAUCCCUACUCGAAGGGUGUUGAUCCUGAAUUUCUGAAAGCUUCAGUUGCCUUACAGGGUUUUUCAACUCAGAAUAAGAAAAAGGAAUCGAGCUACGAAGAAAAGCCAAGUGAAGCUGAAAGACCGGAGUCAUACGAAGAUGUUAAUCCAAACUCGUCAGCUGUCGACGCAUCUAGAAUCGAAAUGCAGAUGAUAGGGCCGAAAACACUGAAAGAUGCUGUAAAACCUAAGAACAAGAGGAAAAAGAAAGGAUCCUCGAUGAUUUAAACUUCAUAUUUUGUUACGUUUUUAGGUUUACUUGUUACACGUA